AUGACUGCGGCCCCGCACGUUGUGGUGAUCGCCUUCCCCUUCGCCUCCCACGCGGUGAAACUGUUCCGCCUAGAGCGCACCCUAGCGGCGGCGGCGGCGGCGGCGACCUUCUGGUUCCUCUCCACCGCCAGCUCCCUCGCGCAGCUACAGGCACAGGAGCAGAACGGGCUCGAGGGUAACCUACGCUUCGUGGAGGUCGCGGACGGUUUGUCAGGUGGCGCCGGGGAGGUGACGCCGCCGCACCCUAUGACGCGUCUGAACCUCUUCUUGGCGGCUGCUGAGGCCGGCAGCGUCAGGGAGGCGCUCGAGACGGCUCGCGCCUCUGCGGGCGGCGCCAGGGUAACCUGCGUGGUGGGGGACGCGUUCGCGUGGAUGGCCGCCGAGGCGGCCGCUGCGACGGCGGCGCCAUGGGUUCCGGUCUGGACGGGCGGUCCCAGCGCUCUUCUUGCGCACCUCCGCAGUGAAGCGCUGCGCGAUGACAUCGGCGACAGAGCCGCGAGACGAGCUGACGAGCUGCUCACCUCCCACCCGGGCCUCGGUAGCUACCGCGUCCGGGACCUCACCGACGGCCUGGUCUCCGGCAACAUGGACUUGCCACCAAUCGUCGCCUUGUUCCGUCGCAUAGCCGAGCGCCUUCCCCGCGCCGCCACCGCCGUCGCCUUGAACACCUGCCGGGGUCUCCUCCCGGACGACGUCACCGCCGCUCUCGCCGCGGAGCUCCCGGAGUGCCUCCCCGUCGGCCUCUUCCACCUUCUCCCAGUCCCCGGCAGUGGCGACGCCGUCGAGACCUGCACCGACCCCCACGGAUGCCUCGCCUGGCUCGACCGCCACCCCGCCCGUGCCGUCGCCAACGCCAGCUUCGUCGGUGCUGGAGGGCGUGUCCGGCGGCGUGCCCAUGGCGUGCCGUCCCUUCUUCAGCGUGGAUGA